UGCACUCUGGAUGGCAGCUGCGUGCAGAGCGCGAACUAUCCACAGAACUACGCUGCAAACCAGGAGUGCACGGUUGAGAUCGAAGAGGCGAAUGCGGCACCGAUCCUCGUUGAGAGCUUCGAUGUAGAGGCGUACUACGACUACCUCAUGGUCAACGGGCGGGGGGCGGCGGAUUAUGGCCACUUCUGCGGCGGAACGCUCAUCGCCCCGAACUGGGUCCUGACAGCUGCGCACUGUGUGGGGGGUUCUUUCUCCAUCGUGGCGGGCAGUCACAGCAAGUCCACAACUGAUGCGACCGAGGAGGUACUACAGGUGCAGGAAGUGUUCUCGCAUCCAGACUAUGACAGCUCGACGAUGCGAUACGAUUUUGCCCUGGUGGAGCUGGUCGAUGCAGCGUCUUUGAAUGAAUGCAUUGGGGUAGCAUGCUUGCCGAGUGAGGAUGUCGCUGAUGGCGAGGAGUGCUUCAUCACCGGCUGGGGGACCCUCUCGUCUGGAGGGUCCUCCCCUGACUUGAUGCAGGAGGCGCAGGUGAGUAUCGUCAGCAACUCAGACUGCGGUGCUGCAUAUGGCAACGGGAUGAUCACCGAUGACAUGUUGUGCGCCCAGGGCGUCAACAGCGCUGGGGACGUCACCGACGCCUGCCAAGGGGACAGCGGUGGGCCGCUCGUCUGUGCCUCCGGCGGUGCUGCUUAUGUCUUGCACGGGGCCACGUCUUGGGGCUACGGUUGCGCCAUGGAGCAGUACCCUGGAGUGUGGUCUCGGGUCAGCUACGUACGCGACUGGAUCGACGAGUGCACUCUGGAUGGCAACUGCGUGCAGAGCGCGAACUAUCCACAGAACUACGCUGCAAACCAGGAGUGCACGGUUGAGAUCGAAGAGGCGAAUGCGGCACCGAUCAUCGUUGAGAGCUUCGAUGUAGAGGCGUACUACGACUACCUCAUGGUCAACGGGCGGGGGGCGGCGGAUUAUGGUCACUUCUGCGGCGGAACGCUCAUCGCCCCGAACUGGGUCCUGACAGCUGCCCACUGUGUGGGGGGUUCUUUCUCCAUCGUGGCGGGCAGUCACAGCAAGUCCACAACUGAUGCGACCGAGGAGGUACUACAGGUGCAGGAAGUGUUCUCGCAUCCAGACUAUGACAGCUCGACGAUGCGAUACGAUUUUGCCCUGGUGGAGCUGGUCGAUGCAGCGUCCUUGAAUGAAUGCAUUGGGGUAGCAUGCUUGCCGAGUGAGGAUGUCGCUGAUGGCGAGGAGUGCUUCAUCACCGGCUGGGGGACCCUCUCGUCUGGAGGGUCCUCCCCUGACUUGAUGCAGGAGGCGCAGGUGAGUAUCGUCAGCAACUCAGACUGCGGUGCUGCAUAUGGCAACGGGAUGAUCACCGAUGACAUGUUGUGCGCCCAGGGCGUCAACAGCGCUGGGGACGUCACCGACGCCUGCCAAGGGGACAGCGGUGGGCCGCUCGUCUGUGCCUCCGGCGGUGCUGCUUAUGUCUUGCACGGGGCCACGUCUUGGGGCUACGGUUGCGCUAUGGAGCAGUACCCUGGAGUGUGGUCUCGGGUCAGCUACGUACGCGACUGGAUCGACGAGUGCACUCUGGAUGGCAACUGCGUGCAGAGCGCGAACUAUCCACAGAACUACGCUGCAAACCAGGAGUGCACGGUUGAGAUCGAAGAGGCGAACGCGGCACCGAUCAUCGUUGAGAGCUUCGAUGUAGAGGCGUACUACGACUACCUCAUGGUCAACGGGCGGGGGGCGGCGGAUUAUGGCCACUUCUGCGGCGGAACGCUCAUCGCCCCGAACUGGGUCCUGACAGCUGCCCACUGUGUGGGGGGUUCUUUCUCCAUCGUGGCGGGCAGUCACAGCAAGUCCACAACUGAUACGACCGAGGAGGUACUACAGGUGCGGGAAGUGUUCUCGCAUCCAGACUAUGACAGCUCGACGAUGCGAUACGAUUUUGCCCUGGUGGAGCUGGUCGAUGCAGCGUCCUUGAAUGAAUGCAUUGGGGUAGCAUGCUUGCCGAGUGAGGAUGUCGCUGAUGGCGAGGAGUGCUUCAUCACCGGCUGGGGGACCCUCUCGUCUGGAGGGUCCUCCCCUGACUUGAUGCAGGAGGCGCAGGUGAGUAUCGUCAGCAACUCAGACUGCGGUGCUGCAUAUGGCAACGGCAUGAUCACCGAUGACAUGUUGUGCGCCCAGGGCGUCAACAGCGCUGGGGACGUCACCGACGCCUGCCAAGGGGACAGCGGUGGGCCGCUCGUCUGUGCCUCUGGCGGUGCUGCUUAUGUCUUGCACGGGGCCACGUCUUGGGGCUACGGUUGCGCCAUGGAGCAGUACCCUGGAGUGUGGUCUCGGGUCAGCUACGUACGCGACUGGAUCGACGAGGUUGUGGGGGUGACCGGGUCCCCGACUCCAGCGCCUCCGCCGACUCCAGCACCCCCUCCAACGCCUGCUCCUCAGCACAUGUGGGCGGCCGUUGUCGGCCAGUGCACUCUGGAUGGCAACUGCGUGCAGAGCGCGAACUAUCCACAGAACUACGCUGCAAACCAGGAGUGCACGGUUGAGAUCGAAGAGGCGAACGCGGCACCGAUCAUCGUUGAGAGCUUCGAUGUAGAGGCGUACUACGACUACCUCAUGGUCAACGG